UGUGGGACGGUCUGAUCCCUCUCGGCCCCGGGGGUCGGUGUGGGUGGGCCCCAACCACAGGUGCAGGGGUUCAGUCAGUUAGCUGGCCUUUUCUCUCCAAGCCGUAGUGGUAGGGUACUGAUGGGCCACCGGGCUGGGCCUGUUCAUCUUUCAGGCCUAGACUUUCCUGUUAUGCAUCAGCGACAAGUUGGAUGGGAGGCUCUGGGACUCUGCGGUUCUGUCCAGGGCAUGCUCGAGCUCCAGGGCUUGGAGGACGGGGUAGGAGUGAACAAAGCUGGCCACAGGCCUCCCUGGUCUGGCAUCUUCACCAGCCCGAGAUACAUGUCACAGAGCAAGCACACAGAGGCACGGGAGCUCAUGUGCUCAGGGGCGCUGCUGUUCUUCAGCCACGGCCAACAAAACAGUGCUGCGGACUUGUCCAUGCUGGUCUUAGAGUCACUGGAGAAGGCCGAAGUCGAGGUGGCCGAUGAGCUGUUGGAAAAUCUGGCUAAAUUGUUCAGUUUGAUGGAUCCAAAUUCUCCAGAGCGGGUGGCUUUUGUGUCUCGAGCCCUGAAGUGGUCCAGUGGAGGAUCUGGGAAACUGGGUCACCCUCGGCUCCACCAACUGCUGGCCCUCACCCUGUGGAAAGAGCAGAACUAUUGUGAGUCCCGGUACCACUUCCUGCACUCCGCGGAUGGCGAAGGCUGCGCCCACAUGCUGGUGGAGUACUCGACCUCCAGAGGCUUCCGCAGCGAGGUGGACAUGUUCGUGGCCCAGGCGGUGCUACAGUUUCUCUGUUUAAAAAACAAAAGCAGUGCGUCAGUGGUGUUCACAACAUACACGCAGAAACACCCGUCCAUUGAGAACGGCCCUCCAUUCGUGCAGCCCCUGCUCAACUUCAUCUGGUUUCUGCUGUUGGCUGUAGACGGAGGCAAACUGACGGUGUUCACAGUGUUGUGUGAGCAGUACCAGCCGUCCCUCCGGCGGGACCCAAUGUACAAUGAGUACCUCGACAGGAUAGGGCAGCUGUUCUUCGGUGUGCCACCCAAGCAGACGUCGUCCUACGGGGGCUUGCUAGGGAACCUUCUGAGCAGCCUCAUGGGUGCCUCGGAGCAGGAGGGCGAGGACAGUCAGGACGACAGCAGCCCCAUUGAGCUCGACUGACCCCGUCCACCUGGCCUGCAUGAAGACGCCCCGACCCCGGGCCCUCACACUCGGGGCUCCCAUUGUGAGGCGGUGGUAGCCGCGUCAGCAUUUGCGCGCCGGCUCGGGGCCGCGCGGCGUGCUGUGGCCGUGCUGGCUGGGCUGCACGCGCAUCUUCAGACUGCCCCACAAUAAAGCACAGGCCUUGCCGCGCUACCACCCUCUCCCUGUCCUUUGUGUCUGGUUUGCUUUGGGAGGCGACCUGGCGUCCGGUGCAGGCCCAUAGGCCUGACCCCGUCAUGGUUGGUGUGGGGGGUGGCUGCUGUCCAGCCGCCCCUUGUGGACAUCCUGUGGUGGCCUGGCCACCAGUGUCCCGGAGAGCAUCUGGGCGGCUGCUCUGUGCCGCACCCCGAGGCCACGGCCAUUUGGAACGGGUCUCACAAAGGGAUCAGGAGUCCUUUCCACGUUUCGUAAUGCAGUAUUUAUUUUCUUCGGGUGAUUGAUUCCUUUGACCUGGAGUUGUAGGUUUUCACCAAUUAACCAGUCCAGGAGCGAGCAGACCUGCCCUUUCUCACUGACGCUAUACCAGAUGCUCCCAGAGCAAUGACAAGAGGGGAAACACUUUAUUUUUUCACAAUUAAAAUAAGAGUUGUAGAUUAAUACACAGUGAUCAUGCAUGGGAAGGAGUGAGAUACACACUUUUAUUGACUGUAAAUGGAAUUUAAAGGAAGGUUUGUGUUACUUGUUGAGUUUAAAUAAAUCCUUUAUACUGGG